AUGCGUUUACGAUUCGAUCGAGCAUGGUUGGAAGUUAUUUUCCCACUCAUUUUAAUCGUUGUUCUCUUCGGUGUGUUUUUCUGCUAUACCCGUCUAGAGGGUACUUCGAAAUUACCUUAUCUUCAAAAUCUCAAAUAUUGCAAUGUUUCCAUUUUUGUUGUCGCCAAACUCGGCUCCUUCGUGCUCGAUCAGCAAAUUUGGUCGGGUGCGUUAAAUCCGGUGUCGGCACCCUGGGACAGUAAUCUGUACCGAAGAUUCACGGCUACUUGGUUCUGGACAUCUUUAUGUGCAUGGUUGGUGAAUAUAUUUGGCUGUGCGUUUGCCUCAAUCCGUCGUCUUCCCUUCUCGCCUGUCAUUCGCUAUUUCAUCAUCGUUGAUUGCUUGUCUCGUGUCGCCUCGAUGACAGCCCCAGUGCUCGUCAAUUAUUGUGUUAUUUUCGGGAACAAGGAUCAAGAAUGGUUGUGCCAUCUGACAGCAAAUUUAACUUUCAUCCGGUCACCAUAUUAUUUUCAAUACUUCAACGAUAUCACAAAUGUCGUACAAAUGGGACUCACCAUCAACCGUUUCCUGUGCAUCGCAUUUGGUGGUCUCUAUUUUAAAAGAAUUCAAGGAUACCCAAGAAUGCAAGCGAUCUCUGUUUUUUUCGGUGGUUAUGCAUGGGGCUACGUGGCCCAUGAAUUCAUACAAAAAAGUUUGCGA